AUGACUCGGCUAGAGGUGCAACUGCUCUGUGAUAUCUUAUCUUCCAUUGAUGUCGACAUAUGGUUUUGCUGCACUGUUACACCAUAUUCUCCUCUAUACUCUCCUAGUCUCCGUAGACUCCCUCCAUCUUCUCCCUCUUUUUUGGAAGGAGACACGCUCUCGUCGAUCACACAACAGGGAAAACUGGAUUUCGGGUCNCAUUCUUCAUCUCCAGUGAUAUUUGCGGUCCUUACUAUUAUCCACUUGUUUGUUUGGCCAACAUGCUCAACUUCUAGACACGCUCUCGUCGAUCACACAACAGGGAAAACUGGAUUUCGGGUCACACUGAAGCACAUUGAUUCUGGUAGAAACCUGACGAAGUUCGAGCGUUUACAACAUGCAAUGAAGCGUGGGAAGCUCAGGUUGAAAAGGCUGAGCUCAAUGGCUUUGGCAGCGUCAGAGGCUGAGGUUAAAUCUCCAGUUCAUGCUGGAAAUGGUGAAUUUCUCAUGCAAUUAUCGAUUGGCACACCGCCGGAAACUUAUCCGGCAAUAAUGGACACCGGCAGUGAUUUGAUUUGGACUCAGUGCAAGCCUUGUACACAAUGUUUCGACCAGCAAACCCCAAUCUUUGAUCCAGAGAAAUCAUCUUCUUUUUCGAAGUUAUCGUGCUCUAGUGACCUUUGUGCGGCACUGCCAAUUUCAACGUGUGACGAUGGGUGCGAAUAUCUCUAUACCUACGGAGAUUAUUCAUCAACGCAAGGUUUUAUGGCAACGGAAACCUUUACUUUCGGCCAGGUAUCGGUUCCAAAUGUUGGGUUUGGUUGUGGAGAAGAUAACGAGGGAAGUGGGUUUACCCAAGGUGCAGGCCUAGUGGGACUAGGGCGUGGACCGUUGUCGCUCGUUUCACAGCUCGAGGAACCCAAGUUCUCGUAUUGCCUAACUUCUGUUGAUGACACAAAAGCUAGUACCCUUUUGAUGGGGUCUCUAGCCGGUGUGAACACCGGAGGCAAUGCAAUCAAAACCACCUCGUUGAUUAAAAACCCUGCACAACCAUCUUUUUAUUAUCUUCCCCUUGAAGGGAUCACAGUUGGAGACACUCUCUUACCCAUCAAGAAAUCAACUUUUGCACUCAAUGAAGAUGGGAGUGGUGGUAUGAUCAUUGACUCUGGAACAACAAUUACAUACUUAGAGGAAAGUGUUUUUGAUCUAGUCAAGAAGGCGUUCAUUUCUCAUACAAAACUGCAAGUGGACAAUUCCGGCUCGGCCGGCCUUGAUCUUUGCUUCACUUUGCCAUCUGAUUCAAACACUGUGGAGGUUCCAAAUUUGGUAUUCCAUUUUGCGGGUGCAGAUUUGGAUUUGCCAGGGGAGAACUACAUGAUUGGUGAUUCGAGUUUGGGUGUGGUCUGCUUGGCCAUGGGAAGUUCAAGUGGGAUGUCUGUCUUUGGUAAUGUCCAGCAGCAGAAUAUGUUGGUGCUUCAUGAUCUUGAGAAGGAGACCUUAUCAUUCGUGCCAACACAGUGUGAUCAGUUUUGAGCUUCUAUUAUUGAUCAUCUUUUGUGUGUUUGUUGUAUUUGUG